CUGCGUCGGUAUUUUACACGCCUGGCGAGCAGUAUAUAAACGUCUGUACGUUUGAAAUAUUGUAAUCAUCGUUGUUUACACAAAGCAUGAGAUAUAUUUGGAAAUAAAUUUUGAAAGUGGAAGAUGUCACGAUCCAAGAUGAGUUUUUUUGUCAUAUGUUUCCUUGCGUUGUGCAUAUGUACACUGAAAGCUGAAGCUGGAGGCCAGGAUACAUGUGGAACUCAAUUGAAGGAGUACAAAGGUCAAUCAAGGAUCUCCCCAUCUAUACCAAAGAGUUAUUUGGCACUACUUCUUUUGCUUGGGUUUGGCGGAUUUUCUCUUCUUAUUGCCCGUGGUUACAAGUCACUCCGCAAGUACGUGUUUAAAGACGAUCAACAUCUUGAUACGGUAUUUGAUGCUGGUGGUCGUGUUAGCUUUAGUUUGACAGCAGUAACUGUGACGUCACAAUUGUUAUGGCCGGCAGACUUUCUUCAAAGUUCAACACUUAUUAGCAAGUCUGGUCUAGGUGGAAGUCUGUGGAUGGCUAUUGGAGUUGUUGUUGACAUUUUGUUGUUUCCCACUCUCUCUAUCUACUUGAAGACACGAGCACCAGGAGCUAAAACAUUCCCCCAGAUAGCUUAUGCCAGGUUUGGUAAAUCAGCACAUAUUUUGUUCUGUGUUUUGGGUCUCGUGUGUAAUCUAAUCGUGACAACCAGCAUGUUAUUGGCGGGGAAAUCUACGUUACAGGUGCUCGGUAAAGAUACAAACAAUGAGUUUAUUGUGCUUAUUUUAGCGGUUAUGUUUGGUUCGUACUGUAUGAUUGGAGGCCUUGGUACGACGUUCUAUAUCUCAUAUUUUAACACUGCACUGACAUUUAUAACUGUAAGUGUUUUCAUUUUAUAUACGACCUAUUUUCCGUCAGAAGAUAUUAAGGAUAUUACAUCAAUAGAAGCCCUGUACAAUGCAGCAUCAUGUAUGAAAGCUCCUGAUGACAACUUUAACAACUCUUAUUUGACUUUCCGGUCGGCACCAGGAAUUAUAUAUGGAGUUGUCCUUAUGUUUAUGGCAACAUCAAUAAGCUUUUGUGACCAGGCAAACUGGCAAAGCAGGAUUGCGGCUAAACCAUCUCAAGGUGUUUUGGGAUUUUUCCUAGCAGCAUACAUGUGGUUUGUUAUACCGACAGCCCUCUCCUUUACAGCAACAAUGACAUAUUUUUCCCUCAGUGCUGAAAAUGGCACGCAUAUCUUGACACUGGAGGAAAUUGACAAUGGUUACAUAACUCCAUAUGUGAUGAAUGAUCUGCUGGGACAAACAGGUGCUUACUUGUUGUUAACCAUGUUGAUGAUGUCACUAAUGUCGACAGGUUCCGGAGAAGUUAUGGCUGUGUCAUCUAUUAUUGUAUAUGAUAUUUACAAGACAUACAUUAAACCGUUCAGAAAAAAUAUUACGCCAACAAGUUGUAUAUUGUGCGGAAAGGAAAAGUUGAAGGAAAUGUGUGCUGAAGGAAACGAUCUGUGCCAGUGUCAAUCUUCUAUUGGUUGUAAAGCAUGUGAAUUGGAUAUUGAAAACCGAGCGAGAGACGGUAUUGACAAUGUUGUUUAUACUUGCUCCACUCAUGGUAAAUACAGGCAGUAUGAAGAUGGACUUAUUCGAUAUAAGAGCUGGUGCAUGAUAUGGGUUGUCAUUUGUAUCGUACCAUAUGGUUUGCUUGUAUCUGAAACCGGUAUGAACGUAAACUGGGCAACACUUGGCUCUCAAGUUCUAACGAGCCCCUUCCUAUGGCCACUGUUCUUGACCAUUACUUGGUCCAAGGCAACAGCACAAGGUGUUAUAGCAGGCGGUAUAAUUGGUACAAUAUGUUCUAUUGCCGGUAUGUUGGUGAUGGGAUCAACAUAUGAAGGUGGACUCAGUAAUUUUUACGUUAACACGGCAGAAUCUUACAGUCUUUUAACGGCUAUGGUUAGCGGUUUCGUUGUAAGUUGUUUUGUUUGUGUCGGUGUAUCUCUCUGUACACAUAACAUACGCUGUGACGCCGAUGCCGACAGGGAAUGGGCCAAAACUAUCAACAUAGAUAAUCCAUUGAAUCCAUUCCGUCAAUUAUACGAGAAAGAGUUAAAAGCGGUGAAUGCAGGAACUUAUAUUACAGCCAGAACUAUGGACAUUGUGUUCAAAAAAGCGAAAUUAUAUGCUGCAGUUGGUGGUGUAAUCAGUUUGGUGAUUUUUGUGAUUAUUAUUCCAGCGAUUGCAUUAAGUUUCGAGGUUCUGAAUUUUGACCAGUUCUCAUCAUGGUUAAAAACGUUUCAGAUUUACUGUUUUAUUUGUACAGUGAUAGUUGUUGUGUUGCCGCCAGUAGAAGAAUGCUUACAAAUAUGGCGAAAAUGUAAGAGAAAUGUGGAAAGCGUUGACAAAGAAAUGGGAAUCUGUGUUCCAAAUGAUAUGACUCAAACUAUUUCAGAAAGAUUAUAAAAUCCUUGCCCAUUAUCGCCCUACUAUUUUCUUCAAACGAACUUAACUCUGUACCUUAAAAGUCUAUAUUUAUUUAACUAUAGUCCCAGUACAGAAUUUUAGGGCUAGCCGAUACCGACUGACGGAAGCAAUAAAAGCUUUUUUUUAACAUUAGGGUCGUCUUAACAUAAUUGCUUUAGGAAGAGCCAGGAUAUGUUUAUCAUUCUACUUAUUUCCAAGAAAUUACUUAUUGGCCAUAUGCAUUUACCUGAAACAGCCUUAGCUUCUUUUGCGUUCAAGCAAUUAUCCUAGUUACUUUGUGUUUGGAAUUGUUUAUAUUUUGUUAGUUUUAUCACAAAAUCAAUCAUAUGCAUUGUUUUGUUCUUCAAGUAAUAAGCAUUUCAAAUGUUCUUUAUCAAUUAUGACAGUAUUUUAAAACCCAUAUUUGCCCUUCCUAAAAAAAAGAGAAAAAUAUGCGUUUCUGUGGCAUAAUGUGCUUUUACUUGUAGCGGCGCCUAUACUGUGUUGUAGGGUCUGCCAAUACGUACAGUGAUCACAGAACCAUUUCGUAUUAUACUAUUGACUUUAAUAUUUGAGCAUAAUCUAGACUUAUAUAUUCAAUGUAUUUCAAGCGCAACAACAUUACCUUGAAUACGAAACAUAAAUGUUGUAGAUGCUUCAAAUACUGUCAAACAUGUCAACGUAGGCCAAAAUAAAUAGCAGCUUCAGUUUCUAUAUUGUUUUCAUUACAACUAAUAUAUUGCGAAAUGUAAACGGUUUGAUUGUAUUUAAAUAUAUCUCUGAUACCUAAUCAUGCAAUCAAUUUACUUAAAUUUUCUAUUAAUGAAGAAGAAACCUAUAUAUAUUGCGCUUUAAGGAUCAACAAAUUAACAAAAAAGGUAACUGAUAUAUUUAUGUAGAUUACCGCAGUAUAAAAAUGGAUAAUUAUUAUCAUUGUUCAAAUCGGUUUUUCUCUUCGGCUUUACGGCCUCAAACACAUUAUGCUGAGGAAGACCCUCAGUGUCGGCCCAGGCCAUGAAAUUUCCAAAUAAAAGCUUGUUGAUUUACUAUAAGUAGUAUCUGGUAAAAAGUGAUCCCUUGGAAGUAUUAUAAACAGCAAAAUUAUAUGAAAAUUGGAGGUUUGAUAACUAAAAACCUAUAAGUAUAACUAAUAGGCCUAUUAAUCUCGUGUGUUUGUGAUGUAUAUAAUUAACAUGUAACCAGAUUACACUUAGUCUUUAUAUUCAAAUGUAUUUGUAUUGUCACAAAUGUUACGUAAAUAAAAAUAUGUACUUUU